AAAGGCACUCUCCACUACCAAAAUAAUCGGUGACAUUGCAUUUCGACGCUGGUACAAUAAGAGCAGAUGUCACCUCGCCAAGAUGGCCAAGUUCCCAAUCAAGUGUACUGUCAUCAUUUAUGGUCGUCCAGGCUCAACCUUCUCCUCAUGCACUCUACAUAUCCGAGAUCUCGCUUGCCAUCUCAUACCAACUCGAGGAUGACAGGAAAGCGCUAGCGCGUUUUGCUCGUUGCUGUCGUGCAUCUUUAGGACCUGCUCUCGAUGUCCUGUGGUCUCGGGUGCCGUCCUUUUCGCCGUUCAUUCCCCUCUUGCCCCUCAGCGUGAAGUCCUUAUGGGACCACUGUCAGCUCGACGAAGUAACCCUUGUCGAAUUCCAGUGCCCACCUGAAGAAGAAUGGAGGAUAUUUGACAGUUACGCCCGCAGGGUGCGCAAGCUAUAUUCUGGGUCACAUUUACAUCAAAUAGUGGCCCGCAUACGCUCCAAAACCACUUUAUUCCCUUUGCUACGAUCUCUGUCUCUUCAGCUGCUCGAGCCCCUUGACAUGCAAGGGCACCUCUUCUCAGACUCGCUACGCUCUCUGAAGAUCUCAGGUCCUGCGUAUGUGCAUUGCAAAGAUGCCCGAGUCCAAAUUGCCAUCGCGCAUAUAGCUCGGGAUGCACCAUUACUGGAAUCCCUCCACGUUGAAGACUUCGCCUAUUCGGUUGCCCAAUCGUCACUGCCACCUCUCCACUUUGCUCAUCUCCGAGCUGUCGAAAUAUCUGCAUUUUUUGACCACAGUCUCCUGCAGUCUCUUUGUCGCAUCCUUUCUCAAGCACCUGUGACACAACUCAAACUCGAACUUCCGGCGCUCCCAGAUAAGGAUUGGAGCAUAUCAUUUCCUGUCUUCCCUGCCCUGAGAUCGCUGCGCAUUUGUGGCAAUCCGGCUUCUGCGGAACAUUUCAUUUUCCAUCUUGCCAGCAAGGGUAUCCACGAGCUUAGUAUCUACCACACAAGAGGACCCGCGAGUGCCGCGGAUUGCCGCCGCCUUCUUUCACUCGUUGCGGAGAAAUAUGGGAAUACUCUCCAAACGCUCUCGCUGGCACUCAGUCGGUCACCCACGCCGAACUACCCGUACGAUCUUUCCCAAGCAGUUCUCGAUGCUCUUCGCACGCUCGUACCAACUCUUAACCAACUAGAGACUCUCCACCUCUUGUUGCCACACAAUCGCUACGUUCAUUUACAAGAGUCUGAGCUCACAUUUGAACCUCUUACAUGGCCAUCUCUCAAAAAUCUUGACGUGCAAGCGACAUAGAGUGUUUCAUACGGAAGAACUGGCUGACUGCUCAUGGACCGCCUGCUAUAUCUUAGAGGAGGUUAUGUAUGUCGUUGAUCAGGUAUUUAGGUUUCUGUCAAUGCCAAUGUGGAACCUGGGAAGACUGUGCUGCAGUGUGGGAGUGCUGAUGAGCACUGAGAACGUUUGUGUCCGAGAGAAGGGCAAGGCAGGCUAUUAUGAGACGAUAACACUGGCAGUGCAUGAUCCUGCUGACUAUUUUCCAUGCUAGAUACGAUGACAGAAGGUUUCCGGAAGGGCCC